AGUGUCGUAGGAAUAAGGUCUUUCCCAUUAGCGAAUAAAAUUGAAGCAACAAGCUCAACGUAUAGAUGAGAUUAUGGAGAUUGAUAUGGGAGUUGAGGUAACGGACACAACUGUUCCUCCGCAAAGAAACGUUCCUGCUAGACAUCCUGGAUAAAUGAAAGAGACAAAUCUGGACUUGGCUUUGUGUAAAUGGAUGGUGACUUUCCAAUGCUGUUUGGAGCAAAGGCCGAUAUACACGCACCAAAUCACCACUGCAAGCGGAAGUUGAAGGUUUGAUAUGGGCAAUGUAAGUGAUACUGAAGUUUGGACACAGAGAUAUGGUCUUUCAAUCGACUGUGAACAACUGGUUAUACUCGUUCAAAAGAAGGAAGAUUGGCAUGCGUUGGACUCGGAGCUCGACGAAAUACAGGCUGUAUCCAAAGAAUUUUCUGAACUUUCUAUUGCUUAUAUUCCUAGAUCUUUAAAAUUUCGUACGAAUAGCCUAGCAAAAAGUGUCCGAUCACGCGCAUCUCAAUCAGCUUUUGUAAACCCUUUUGCACCAAGUUGGCUAGCCCCACAAGCUAGCAUGAGGGUGCCAAAAAAAAAGAAUAAAAUUAAAAGUGAAACUAAAUAUCCCAAUGAACAAAUUUAUCAGAAGUCCAUAUUUAUUGGGAUGUCUAUAUUGGACAAACAAUUUUUUCUUAGACAAUUAUAGAAUAUAGUCACGAAAAUCAAUCCUAAAAUAUAUAAUUUGAAAAAACCAUUUAAACAAACCAUCAAUAUUACACCAAAUAAGAAUAUAAAGACCAACUAUAUUCUCUUCAUAUAUAAUGUGUUGUAGUAAGAUUCAAAAAAAUUAACUUACUUUACAAUAAGGAAAAAUUAGAUUUUUAUUUCCAAAUUUACAGUAAAAGACAUAACAUUUUAUAAAACUAAACAAUUGACAUAAUAGUACAAAAAUAUAAAAAAAAUUAAAAUACUAUCCGCGCGUAGCGCGGAGAAGGACCUAGUUAUAUGUAAAAGUAACGCGUGAUUUUUAAGUGAUGACUUAUUGAAUAGGUCCAAUUAAAAGAUAGAUAUGAAAAUAUAAUGUAUAUCUAUGUUAUUAAUAUCAUUGAAAUUUAAUCAUAUACCCUAUAAAAUAAAUAAAAUGAUUGUUUGAUUUAUUUACCAAAAACGUUAUUGUAAAUAAACAAAAGUAUUGUUUUGAUUUAUGUACUUCAUCUAAUUUAAUUAUAUAUAUAAUACGUAAAUUAAUACAAAAUAAAUAAUAAUAUAUAAAAUGUAUUUCAAUACAUAUUGUUCAUCUCGUGCAAGACGCAUAUAUCUUAAGCUAGUCUCUUGUUUAAUAGCGGCCAUGGAUACAAGCAAAGGAAGCAUGUACUUCUAGCCUUUCAUAAAAUAUGAAAUAUGUCGGCCUUCUUUUUAACAAAAUCUAUGGUAGAGUAAUUUGUUUAUAGUUACGAAUAGUGUGUUUGAGGUGUUGGGUUCAAGUACAACCAACUACUAUUUCUAAUUUUUUAUAUGUAAGUAGCCCAAAAAAAUUUUUUUUGCUUCCAGCCUGUUCUUGUUACAUUGUCAAACCAAUAAUCUAACCAACUAUUCACCAUCCACUCAUGGCAGAUUACUACCUAGUGUAAAUUAAUAUCCAACCAAAUUAUGAUAAGUGAGAUUUGCACAGAACUCUUUCCACUUUGCUCUAAUUUAAACACAGUGACUUCCAUUUUUUUUUCUCCCAGUCACAUACAAAAUUAGGAAUCUUAAAACAUAAUAAGAACCAAAGUUCACAUCCUAACCAUACGGAAUAAAUAUUUCAGAUAUGCAUAUCAGACCAAGCCUGAAGCCUAAGCCGGCCUUGAACAUAUAUGAGAAAUAUCUCACGUGCACCUGAUCUUGAACAAAUUCUUGUAUAUAUGCAAUUUAGAUCAUGUUUAUAUAGACUUUACAACAACAAACUUUGAAAAAGUUCACAUUAGAGCAUCUCCAACUUCACUUUAUUUUUCACUCUAAAAUAAAGUUUAGAGUAAAAGCGCUCUAGUGGUACUUUAUUUUUCACUCAAUAAUAGAGUAAAAAUGAGUUUACUCUAUAUAUUAAGUACGUUAUCUUUUUGUUCAUCACUCUAUUUUUUACUCUAAAAUAAAAUAUCAUUAUAGUAUAACUCAACUUUAUUAUAAAAUUAAUCUUUUUUAGAAUGAAAAAUAGAGUGCACCAUUGGAAAUAGUCUUAGUCCCUUAAACAAAUAAUAGUAUGGAUUGCCGUUAUUCUUUGGUAUUCUUCAUUUACGCAAAAGGUCUCAAGUUCUUUUUUUUAAUAUAUAAACAGUGAAUCGGAACAAGACAUCUGGCUAGUCAUCGAACAAACAGUGAAUCUCACAAAUAAAUUAGGCUUAUCACUAAUACACAAGGAGAAAAAAGAAUAAAUACAGCAGGAGGGAAAAAACCUAAGGUUCGAGGACCCGUUACCGGUUCCGUCAUCACCAGAAGUCUGCGGCCAACAAAGCCGACCAAAUCGAAAUUUAGUCGACCACUGCAAAGAUACUUUUUCUCAAACCAGCACCGACACACAGCUGCUCGAUCCACACGACACUCUCUUUCUCUUACCGACUAUCAAGAACUGGAAAUUGAAACAUACCAACUAGUUAAGGGGAACCACCAUCCUCAACAAGUCUGUCUAUCUUGCCAGACGCUGACCAGUACGGAGAUACGGAGAGGUCGUAUUCAACACACUAACCCGAGACUUGAUCUUGAACUAUAGAUAGGGGAGGGGAUAGAUAACCUGAAGGCUUCCUAGAACCGAAACGGAGACGCUUUGGCCAAACGAAGCCAUAAAACGGGCUCAGAUGGAGAUGUCUAAAAACACGCUGAGACGAUCACCUGCAAGCCAUUGAUGGACUCCAGCUUGACGAGAAGAUCGAAGACCCACCAAGCACUGGGAUAGCUGGAGACCAAACGCGCCGUCACAGAGAGGGAAAUGGACCUGCAUAGACCACCUGAAGGUCCAACCAUCUCACACGCAUCACCUCUAAAAAUUAGAGGAUGAAUCAAAAGGCUAGGCUGAAGCAACAACCGGUGACAGGACGGAGUUGCAGAUACGAUGAAGAACCGGCUCGAAAAACCCAAAACAAAAGGUGCACAGUUCCGAGAAGGGCUCUCUGCUGCUUAAACCGAAGGAUAGAGGAGACAAAGAUCGAAGAACACCACCGGAUCUCCAACGCCUGAGCAUAGACAACUCCACGCGUCAAGAGAGCCGAAGGUCUUCACGCGCCAUCGAGGAAACCUGCAUCGGACACCGCAAGAGAAGAGACCACCGCUGCACGUCUAGAAGUCGAGGACCUCUGAGGCACAUCUUGAAAGGGGUUGAAACCGUGUCCAAAGCCGAGACACCAAGGCAACAAACUAACAGAGACAACAGCCUCUCCAUAAUGACGAAAGGACAGAUCCAUGUCAGGUGUGACUCUUCCAAAGCCCACGCGCCACUAACUCGCGGAAGUAAACGAUAAAGCAAGACAGAUCUGGGAAAAAAACGCUCCAGAUCAUGAAAAUGGUUGAAGUAUAUGAUUAUGUAUUAUGUCAUCUUUCCUCGCUUGACUUUGAUGGUUUGGUUUAAGCGUGUGUGAUUAGCUUCUAAAAUUACAAUCACCAUAACUGCAAAACUUGAACAGAUCAAUAAUAAAGAAAAACUGAACUGAUCCAUGAACAAAAACUGAAUCAAAAUUUAAACAAUUAAAACAAAAUGUUCGACAUUGAUGAAAAAAAAAUACUCAUGUGAAUGUACGGAUCAAGAUUUAAUUCAUAGAUAUAAUAAAAUAUUUAAUCUAUUUGAUCUGCAUUUAUCCAUUUAUUUAAUUUGCAUUUAUCCCAUUUGAUCUAUAUAACCUACAUUAUCUUAUAUAACCUACAGUAUCUGAAUAAUCUACACGAUCUGUACUAUUUGAACAGCCUUUAUGAUUUUAAACAUAUUUUUUUUAAAAAGUCAACGUUUUCAAGACAAGUGAAUAAAAGAUUGUCACGUCACCAAGAUAUAUUUGCCAUUUCAAGACAAGUGAAUAAAUAAUGUAAACCCAACUAACGAAUCUUUUGACAAUCCUGAGCACGCCAUCUUUGAAUAUAAACAUAACCACUAAAGUUGAUUGAGUCAUUUUUAUCCAAGUGUAUAUAUGAACAAAGUUUAUUCAUUGACAAAAAAAAAACACAAUAGACAUUCAUUCAUUUCCACCUUGAAGCCUGUUUGUUUGUUUUCUCUCCUUUUUUUUUGAUCAAGUUUGUUUUCUCUCUUGUAAUGCUGCAGGGAUGGGAGUUUUAAAAUCAGCGCCUGUGAUUUCUUACAUUUCGUUUUUAGCCCUAUAUUUUUCUUUCUACACAGUAGCAUUAACUUCUUCAAACUCCUUACAAGAUGACUUCAUCAAUUGUCUCCACCAAAACACAAAUGUCGAUUUUCCACUCGAGAAAGCAUUCUUCAGUCCUGAAAGGAACGCCUCGAUGUUCAUUGAAGUCCUUAACUCGACAGCUCAAAAUCAACGAUACUUGACCAAAUCAAUGCCUAAACCGGGUUUCAUAUUCAAACCAGUUCACGAGACACACGUCCAAGCUUCCAUCAUAUGUUCCAAGAAACUGGGAAUUCAUCUCCGUGUUAGGAGCGGCGGUCACGAUUAUGAAGGCGUCUCUUAUGUUUCACAGAUAGAAAUACCGUUUAUAAUUAUUGAUCUGUCGAAACUGAGACAGAUCAACGUUGAUAUUGAAGACAAUAGUGUUUGGGUUGAAGCUGGUGCUACGACUGGUGAGCUUUACUACAGAAUUUCAGAGAAGAGCAAGACUCAUGGAUGCCCUGCUGGUAUAUACCCGAGCUUAGGCAUAGGUGGGCAUAUAACAGGCGGUGCAUACGGUUCCUUGAUGAGAAAGUAUGGUCUUGCUGCAGAUAACGUUCUAGACGCAAAGCUUGUCGAUGUUAAUGGCAAAUUACUAGACAGAACCGCGAUGGGAGAGGAUACUUUUUGGGCGAUUAGAGGAGGCGCAGGAGGGAGUUUCGGGAUAAUAUUGUCAUGGAAGAUCAAGCUUGUUCCUGUUCCUAAAACCCUAACUGUCUUCACGGUCACCAAAACAUUAGACCAAGACGCAGGAUUCAAGAUUCUUUCAAAGUGGCAACAAGUUGCGGACAAGCUCGUUGAAGAGCUCUUCUUACGCGUGUUCUUCACCAUAGCUGGAAACAAUGAAAACAGAACUGUGGCCAUGUCAUACAUAGGUCAGUUUCUUGGCGAGAAAGGCAACUUGAUGGAGGUAAUGAGCAAGGGUUUUCCAGAACUAGGGCUAACUCUGGAGGAUUGUAUAGAAAUGAACUGGAUUGAAUCCAUCAUGUACAGCUCUGGAUUCUCAACUACCACUCCUCCUCCUCCUGAGGUUUUGCUUCAAGCAAAGUCACCUCUUGGAGAAGUUUACUUCAAAGCCAAAUCAGACUUCGCUAAAGAACCGAUUCCUGUUUUAGGUCUUAAAGGGAUGAUCAAGAAGAUUCUUGAAGAAGAAGCUGCAGUAAUGAUAUGGACUCCAUACGGUGGAAUGAUGGAUAAAAUCCCUGAAUCUGAGAUCCCGUUUCCGCAUAGAAGCGGAACCAGCUUCAUGAUUCUGUAUUAUAGGAGCUGGUCAGACACCGAGAAGAGACCAGACAUGCGUAUCAAAUGGAUCAGGGAGUUGUACAAUUACAUGACGCCUUAUGUCUCAAGCAAUCCAAGACAAGCAUAUGUGAACUACAGAGAUCUAGACCUGGGACAGAACAACAACUUAAAGACAAGCCUCAAACAAGCUCAAGUCUGGGGAGCAAAGUACUUCAAAGACAAUUUCAAUAGGUUGGUGAAGAUUAAAACAAAGGUUGAUCCAGAGAACUUCUUUCGACACGAACAAAGCAUCCCACCUCUUUACUGAAGCUAAGAAGAUGAUUUUUAAACAAAAUUCAAAUAAGUAUCAUCAUACAAUAAACUCGAAUAUAUCGAACAAUGCUUCUCUUUGUUUGGUAAAUUGUUAAAUCGAACAAUCCUUUUUUUGGUUAACUGUUAAAUCGAACAAUGCUUCUUUUUUUUUUGGUAAAUGACUAUAUGUUAAUCGAACAAUGCUUCUUCU